ACUGCUAGUCGCGUGCAGAGCUGGACUUGAGCGUGGCACCGAGGAUUGAUUCUUCAAAAUCGAGCCGCCUUCUUGUCACGGCAGCGUCGCUUGCCAGCUGCCACUCCUAGCUGCAUCAAAGCCUGGGGCUCGCCCGAUCUUGCGCUCCAACAUUGAUUGAAGAGAAGCCGCGCAGGCUGCUGCGCACCCUCGGACAGAAUGGCUACCACAUCCAAUAUGUUCAUGUACUCUCUGACGAUCCAGCCCCCGUCAAACAUCAACAUCGCCAUCCUCGGCCAGUUCACCGGCACCAAGGAGCAGCAGAUCGUCACCGCCUCGGGCUCGCGUCUAACCCUCCUGCGCCCCGACCCGACGCUGGGCAAAAUCCUCCCCAUCAUCUCGCAGGAUGUCUUUGGCAUCAUCCGCGACCUCGCGUCCUUCCGGCUCGCGGGGAGCAACAAAGACUACAUAAUUAUCGCCAGCGACUCGGGCAGGAUCACCAUCAUCGAGUACCUUCCAGCCAAGAACAGGUUCCACAGGAUCCAUCUCGAGACCUUUGGCAAAUCGGGUGUGCGCCGUGUCAUCCCGGGGCAAUAUCUCGCUGCCGACCCCAAGGGCCGCGCCUGCCUGAUUGCCUCGGUCGAGCGCUGCAAGCUGGUCUAUGUGCUCAACCGUAACUCCCAGGCUGAGCUUACCAUCUCGUCUCCGCUCGAGGCUCACAAGAACGGCACCUUGACCCUGUCGCUCGUGGCCCUCGAUGUUGGCUACUCGAACCCCGUCUUCGCUGCCCUUGAGAUCGACUACACCGAUGCCGACCAGGACUCCAAGAGCGAUGCCACGCAGAAUGUCGAGACGGUGCUCAACUACUACGAGCUCGAUCUAGGUCUCAACCACGUCGUCCGGAAAUGGUUCGACGUUGUUGACCCUACCGCCAACAUGCUCUUCCAGGUCCCGGGAGGUAGCGAUGGCCCCAGUGGAGUCUUGGUCUGUGGCCAAGAGAACAUCACGUACAGGCACUCCAACCAAGACGCCUUCCGCGUCCCGAUCCCGAGGCGCAAGGGCGCUACCGAGGACCCCAACAGGAAACGCAACAUCGUCUCGGGCGUCAUGCACAAGCUCAAGGGAAGCGCCGGUGCAUUCUUUUUCCUGCUCCAGACCGAAGAUGGAGAUCUGUUCAAGGUCACUAUUGACAUGUUGGAGGACGCAGAGGGAAACACGACGGGUGAAGUCCAGAGGCUGAAGAUCAAGUACUUUGACACGAUCCCCGUCUCGAGCAACCUGUGCAUUCUGAAGAGUGGCUUCCUAUUCGUUGCGAGCGAGUUCGGCAACCACCACUUCUACCAGUUCGAGAAGCUCGGUGAUGACGACGAAGAGCUUGAGUUCAGCAGCGAGAAUUUCCCUUCUGACCCCGCAGAGCCUUAUGAGCCUGCUUACUUCUACCCCAGGCCUACCGAGAAUUUGGCCCUGGUUGAGAGUGUCGAGUCUAUGAACCCGCUGAUGGAUCUCAAGGUGGCCAAUCUGACGGACGAGGAUGCGCCGCAGAUCUACACUGUCUCGGGCAACGGUGCGCGGAGCACCUUCCGCAUGCUCAAGCAUGGCCUCGAGGUGAACGAGAUUGUGGCGUCGCAGCUACCUGGUACUCCAUCGGCCGUGUGGACGACCAAAAUAGCCCGCGACGAUCAGUACGAUUCCUACAUUGUGCUUUCCUUUACAAACGGAACCCUUGUCCUCAGCAUCGGCGAGACAGUCGAGGAGGUCAGCGACACGGGCUUCCUAUCUUCGGUGUCUACCCUGGCGGUCCAGCAGCUCGGCGAGGAUGGGCUGGUUCAGGUCCAUCCCAGGGGGAUCCGACACAUUCGUAGCGGUGUCGUGAACGAGUGGCCGACGCCCCAGCACCGCUCGAUUGUCGCGGCUGCUACCAACGAAAGACAGGUGGCCGUCGCGCUGAGUAGCGGAGAGAUUGUGUACUUUGAGAUGGACACGGAUGGAUCGCUGGCAGAGUACGAUGAAAGGAAGGAGAUGUCUGGCACAGUCACCAGUCUGAGCCUCGGGGAGGUUCCAGAGGGCCGGCUGAGAAGCUCUUUCCUUGCCGUCGGCUGCGACGACUGCACUGUCAGGAUCCUCAGUCUCGACCCUGAGACAACGCUCGAGAGCAAGUCGGUGCAGGCCCUGACGGCCGCCCCCUCAGCCUUGUCUAUUAUGGCCAUGGAGGACUCGUCAUCGGGUGGCACAACUCUCUACCUGCAUAUCGGCCUCAACUCUGGAGUCUACCUGCGCACCGUCCUCGACGAAGUGACGGGAGAGCUGACAGAUACCCGGCAAAAGUUCCUAGGUCCCAAGGCCGUGAGGCUUUUCCAGGUCUCGGUGCAAGGCAUGACGUGUGUUCUCGCCCUGAGCUCGCGGUCAUGGCUUGGCUACUCGGAUCCGAUCAGCAAGGGCUUCACUAUGACGCCACUGAGUUAUGAGGAGCUUGAGUGGGCAUGGAACUUCCGCAGCGAGCAGUGCGAGGAGGGCAUGGUGGGCGUCCAGGGCCAGUUCCUUCGGAUUUGCGCCAUUGGCAAGCUGGGUGAUAGCAUGAUCCAGAAGUCCAUUUCUCUCGCAUACACACCCAAAAAGCUGAUUAAGAACCCCACGCACCCAAUUUUCUACACCAUCGAGGCCGAGAACAACACGCUCCCUCCCGAACUGAGAGAGCAACUCUUGGCUGCGCCGACAGCUGUCAAUGGGGAUACCAAAGUCCUACCGCCCGAGGAGUUUGGAUACCCUCGGGGUAAUGGACGAUGGGCGUCAUGUAUCAGCGUCGUUGACCCGCUGGGUGACGGCGAAGAGCGUGAGCCCAGCGUUCUGCAACAGAUCCACCUGGAGAACAACGAGGCCACUGUCAGCGUGGCUGUCGUUCCGUUCGCAUCACAGGACAGCGAAAGCUUCCUUGUCGUGGGGACGGGCAAGGACAUGGUACUGAACCCACGGUGCUUUACCGAGGGCUACAUUCACGUGUACCGGUUCCUCGAGGACGGCAGAGAACUCGAGUUCAUCCACAAGACCAAGGUCGAGGAGCCACCCAUGGCGCUGCUGGCGUUCCAGGGCAAGCUGGUGGCAGGCGUCGGGCGGUCCCUGAGAAUAUAUGACCUAGGCUUGCGACAGCUGCUGCGGAAAGCCCAGUCCGAAGUGGCGCCGCGGGUCAUCGUGUCGCUACAGACACAAGGCAGCCGGAUUGUUGUCGGGGAUUCUCAGCACGGCCUGAUUUACGUGGCGUACAAGCAAGAAGCCAACAAGCUGAUAGCGUUUGCGGACGACUCGAUUCAACGAUGGACGACUUGCUCUACCAUGGUGGACUACGAGUCCACUGCGGGCGGCGACAAAUUUGGCAACAUCUGGAUCCUGCGAUGUCCAGAGAAGGCUAGCCAGGAGGCGGACCAGCCGGGGUCCGAGGUGCACCUGAUGCACGCAAGGGACUACCUGCACGGCACAUCGAACCGGCUGGCGCUGAUGGCGCACGUUUACACACAAGACAUAGCCACAAGCAUCUGCAAGACCAACCUGGUGGUGGGCGGGCAGGAGGUGCUGCUGUGGGGAGGAAUCCAGGGCACGAUUGGGGUCCUGAUACCGUUUGUGAGCCGUGAGGACGCCGACUUCUUCCAGACGCUCGAGCAGCACAUGCGGAGCGAGGACCCGCCGCUCGCGGGCAGGGACCACCUGAUGUACCGGAGCUACUAUGUGCCCGUCAAGGGCGUCAUUGACGGAGAUCUCUGCGAGCGCUUCACCAUGCUGCCAAACGACAAGAAGCAGAUGAUUGCGGGCGAGCUGGACCGGUCCGUCAGAGAGAUCGAGCGCAAGAUUUCCGACAUCAGGACUCGGUCUGCCUUUUAAUCACGGUCUCUUGUCGGGCGGCAAGGCAAGGGUGAUGUUGAAUUUAUUUGGACUUUGGAAGUAAUACGGUCUUGCGCACACACAGGUCAGCAGGCGAACGGCGUCUGGUAUUUCUAUGUGGCUGCCUUGUGUAUCUAGAUAUAUAAUUCAUGGGACAUGACAAGACGGGGG